UAAUCUGUAAUGGAACCGACUGAGGGUUGUGAAAAUUUUGUUUAUCAGCACAGCUGUUUUUUGGUUACGUAUGGCUGUUGCGAUUGGCAAAAAAGAGGUUAUGCAUAUGUUUGGACGUUUUAAGUUCUUAUGUUUAAUGUCGAAGAUGGGGAUGUAACAUUUAUAUAUAUAGUAUUUCUUGUUUUAGAAAUAUAUGACUUUUCGAUAUGGGCGAGAGAAUAAGUAAAUUUCUGACAGACAGUUUCAACCCACAUAAUGUUGCUUCAAAUGUCAGAGCUCUCGUAGGUAGGAAACGGAGACGUGAAGAAAGUGAUGAUCAAGAUAUUGAUUCUGAUCAUAUAUUGGAAAAGACCUUACAUACACCAAAAAAGAAAAAGCUUCUGUCUACUGCCCAGUACAUCUAUCGGGCUUUGUUCAAGGAGGGCAAUAACAGUGAUGUUACUGUUAUAGCUUUGGGAAAGCCAUGGCGAUUACAUAAAGUAUACCUUUGCCAGAGUCCUUACUUUGCCAGUAUGUUUUCUGGAUCAUGGCGAGAAGCUAAAGAAGACAUUGUACACAUUAAAGUCAUAGACCCAAAUAUCAAUCUUGAUUCUUUGUACACAGUUCUGGGUUCCCUCUACCUUGACGAGAUCACGCUGGAACCAAUCGAAGUGGUACCAACCCUUGCAACAGCAACUUUAUUUCAGCUGGAAGGAAUCAUUGAUCAAUGUGUAGAGAUCAUGAUUGAGACUGUCAAUGCUGAGACGGCAGUUAAAUAUUAUGUGGCAGCUUGUGAGUACGGAGUUCAGAAAGUGAAGGAGGCAGCAUUUAAAUGGUUGCUUAUCAAUCUAUUAAGUCAUUUCCACGAGCAGUCCAGAUACCUUCGUGAAAUCAGUGUGGAUCUGAUGGAGAAACUGGUGUCCAGCUCAAACCUCUUUGUGAUGCAGACAGAGUUUUCUAUUUAUGUGCUGCUCCGGUUCUGGGUGUUCUUACAACUCCAUCCUGAAUGGGACUCUUCAUCGAGGGAGAGCCUUCUGGAAGCACAGCACUAUUUUCAGAAUCGGAAAGAUGAAGAACCUUUCCUUGUAAGCAAUGAAGGCAUAAGUUUUGCUGGUCCAUUUCAAGCCUUGAGAUUCAAACACCUAGUGAACCACCAUCUGGAUAUCGAUAUGAUAAAGUGUGAUCGAAUUAUGCCAGCUGAAUGGCUGUCUCCGCCACUGUCGCAGCAGUGGUACCACAUGUUGAGAGUUGACCAAGGCCUCGACAGAGGAACUGAACAACUGACUUAUUGAAUACAAGCAUAAAAUGAUGAGUUCUUGAAUGACUGUGUUCGCUGUGGGAGAACGUUAGUGAAUUCAGGUGAACAUGUCUGGAGGUGGACUGGUUUUAACAUGGGACUCGACCUCAUUUGGUCAUGCAGUACUCACACACUUCGAGUGAAAAGAAACCAUCGCACGGACCAUGAGGUGAUGCUGAGUAUGCAGUCUCGGAGACAUAUUAUGUGCAGGGUGACAUUAGCAUCCUUAAAUGAACAAAGACAAGUGAAACACACACAGUCGACUGGUUUAAAGUGCCUCACCUUGUUCAAGAAUGAGGAGGUGACUCUAUUGGUACUUGAUAAGGAUCUGACAUACCCAUUGCUUCUGAGUGUCAACCUGUUGUUCAAUACUGCAAUUGUUCCAUCCCAAGAAUCAGGUUCCUCCAGCGAACUUCCGUUGUCGUCACCAUCACAAAAUGUGAAUGAGGAAGUCUAGUCUUGUGUGAAUUUGAAAGAUUUACUCUAUGAAUGCAGGUCUGGAAAAUCUUUGUCCUGCAAAGAAAAUAAGACUUUAUUUUAAAACAUUGUUUCAGUUUUGAAAACUCACAGGGAAAAUUCAUUUACAUUUGGUGCUAUUAUUUGACUGAUUUUUCUGAAUGUACAAUGUGAAAGUCAAUAUUACCAGUUUAUAAUUUGAAUAAUUAGUGAUGAAUGUAGUUACCAAAGUUAAGAACACAAAGGACUGGAUCUUUGGGUUGGAGGUAAACAUGACUUUUAAUUUUAAUAAAUUAGGUUUGUGCAAAAUAGCAUCAAUUUAAUGCUCAUACAGUACUUUAUAUUUUGUCAGACUACAUUUUAUUAUAACAUGUAUCAACCUAUGUAGUGCUUCCUUUUUCAUAAUUAUUUGUUUCAUACAAAAGUGAUAUUUAUUAUAUUAAAAUAAAAAAUACUAACUA